UUCGCGUGCGUGCCAUGCUUUCGCGGCUCGCUGGCUAUGGCGGCUUAAUCCACCGUCCCACUAAUCCGGCAUUAGCAGAAUAAUAUACUCUUCUCUCGCCUUUUGCUCCUGGCAGCUUUCCGGUGUUCAUUCAAAUCCUUCGUCUCUCCUUUUUCUUCUUUCUCUCGUUUUCUUUCUUCUUUCUCUUUUGCCCUUUGCUUCUUUUCCCCUUUCCAGUUCUUAAGAGAGUUCUUGGGUUUCUUCCAUCAAUCAAGGAGAUCUCGAGGCUCUUUCUCGUUAUCAGGCUCAUCUUUCCUCUCAACUCUCACUUCACUCACACUCGCCCAGACAAAGGGUUGUCACCUGACUGACAGCAACCUUGUCCCAAGCCCCCCUUGUGUUCGUGAAUCGUGAUUCGUGAUUCGUGACUGAUUGGGUUUCUUAAAAGGGGGGCGAUGAUGCUCGUCCGCAGCGCUGCCGCUGCCACUGCGGCGACGACGAGCAAUCAAUCGCGAUGGUCCGUGCUUGCCUGAUCCGACCUGGUGUGUCCGGAACGAAGCUCGACGACGACCAAGAGGAAGAAGAAGAAGAGGAAGAAGAACCAAGAACGAAGAGAAUGAUGGGGAAUGAUCACAGAUAGUAGAGAGACUUGGGCGAAGCAACGACCGAUUGAUUGAUCCGGCCGCGAGACGAGCUACUUUGGUGGCUUGCAGUGGGAUCCAAGCCAAAACCAGCAACACCAACAUCGAUUUCUCGAUCCAAGGCUGGUCUCUACUCGACGUUCUCGCGUUUCUCCGUUUUAUAGUUCUUUGUCCUUUAAUACUUUAAGUUAGAACAGAGGGGAAGAGGGACGGAGGAGGGGGACGAAGAAGAAGAAGAAGAAGAAGCCCUUUUCAUAUUCCUUGUGUUGUGUGUCCCUCUCGCGGUGCGUCAAAUCACACCCAGAGAAGGAGAGAAGGGCUGGGAGAGAAAGCUCUCGUUUUCAUGGUGUGUUACUAGUGAGCUACGUUUUUGUGUAUGUGUGUGUGUGUUUGGUGGUUGGAGUUCCUGGGGAUGAGAAACAAGACCCCAGAUCAUCCAGAGUGAGAUGUGGAUGGGCGGACAUGGACGGAUUCGUGGAUCGAAGUAGCAUGGCGGCCAGCAGCACAAACUUAUAACAGCAUAUAGAGAGAAGAAAGCAAAUCAAAUCGAUCCAGGAAGGAGCAGCAGCAGUAGCUGCGAAGCAGUGGAUUCAUUUGAUUCUCCGUGGAUCAACCCAGGUUGAGAGGGAGCUCCUCGCCAAAGUGGUGUUUUUCUUGUGGGAUCCAAGCUCCAAGCUUGUUCUUCGCUAGAGAGGAAAAGAUGUUGGAGGGCGUUGUUGUUGGGUGUGAAAGCGAUGAGAGGCGGGUCUAAAGAGUGCUUGCUGUGCUCCUCCUCCCCUCUUCUCCCUUCUUCCAUCGAUUUGCGAGAAGUCCAAAGUGUGUGUGCGCGAGAGUCUAGAGAGUGUGUCUCUUUGCUCUAGCGAGAGCGUAGCGUUUUGUGUGUGGUCGUGUGGAGUGUGGAGUGUGUGCGCUCUUUACUAGAGAGAACAUCGAGGUAGAAGUAGUCGAGUUGCCCCUUCCUUGGUUCUUUCUUUCUCGUGGAGCGACGGAAGCCUGUCGAUUGGUUGCGGGUUCUGAUUUUGUUCUUGCGAUCGGUGGAGUGAACAGUGAGGCGGAUCAUCGUGGACUUUAUCAAGAUCACGCUGCCAAGUUUCUGGAAUUUCUCUCGGCCUGGAAGUUGAAAUGCGAAGUUGCUAUUCCUAGAGAAGCAUGUUAAGUACCCUCGGAAAGAACUCGUCCAGUAGAAGCACCGCAACACCAUGUCCUUGAUGCAAGUCCUGACGAGUGCUAGAGACUCGUUCCAAUCGCCCACAACGCCAUACUCCUUCCUCGGCGGCGCCUCCACCUUCCACCACGAACCGCGAGACACCGCCACCACCACCGAUACUCCACUCUAUUUUUCCUCCACACGCGAUCAUCCUAGCGAUCAUUUCAGUCACCACCACCACCACCACCAGCGGGCCAGCGGCGGCGAUCAUGGAGCUUACUCUCUGGGAUCUACACCAGCGGCGACGGGAGAUCUAAAACUUAGCAGCCACAGCAGCAGCAGUAGCAGCGGUGGUGGUAGGGGUAGCAGCAAGGCCGAGGCGAUCAACGCCAGUUCCAUCGAUCAAACAAGAUCAAACUCUGGCCACCAUAGCAUGAACACCAACUUACAGCACGUAGCGCAGCAAAGCCGGCGGGAGAAGCUUCGGAUCCCCGGCUCCUUGCAGCAGCAGCAGCAGCAUCAGCCAGCCUCUCCAAAUCACAGCGGCGAUCAUGGACGAUCGCAAGGCGGCGGAGAAAUCCACCACCACCACCACCACCAAGGUCAUGAUCAUCACGACAACAUGGAAGCGUCGGUUCGUGGUAGUGGCUAUGGCGGAAGCGCGGGGCAGGACGCCAUGCUCUCGGUCUACAACAAUCCAAUGCUCGGCCCGGAGCUCUACAACUACACGUCCGGCUCGGACCUCCUCACCGCGGUGUCCGGGAAGAACCAAGGCUACAUUCUCACCGGCGGUGGCACCGAUGGUAUCACUCAAGGCGGCGUGGUUUACACCCCGGGAUCGCAAGCCGGAGCUUUCAACUCCAACGUUCUUGGAAAAGGUGGCGGAGGAGCUGCAUGGCCUGGCGGCGGUGGCUUUGCCGCGAACAAUAUGAGCAUGCAGCAAACGUUUGGAAGCACGACCGGGCGGGACCUGAGCGCUUACUUUGCGACCGGCGGCGGCGGCGGAGCUCCAAACUCGCAGGAGGCAAUGCAGCUCUAUCUCAUGAACGCAGCGGCGGCGGCGGCUGCUGCCGGAUACGGCGGAUUCGCCGCCAGUUCUGGAGAUGGACCGCCGCCGGCCCAGGCGGCGGCGGGAGCUCCCGGGAGCAUGGUUUUCAUCCCGGGGCCGGCGGCGUCGCAGACUCCCAUUGGAGUGCCGCUCCACAGCUCGCAAAACUCACUCUCCCAGACCUCGCAAGUUACGUCCGUGUCGAACUCUCCGGUGGCGUACCGUGGUGGAAGUGGAAAUGGUGGCGGAGGAUCGCACUUCUCGAGCUGGAAGAGUGGCGACGAGCUGGUUUUCAUGCCCGGGAGCGAGCGCGCCGCCAAGACGUCGAUGGACGUAAGCGACUUCUCCGACUACCACCAGCACGCGGCGGCGGCGGCGGCGUUCCACCAGAUGCAAGACCAUCUCUCCUCGCAAGCCCCGGGUGGCGCCGCCGGCGGUGGCGGCGGUGGAGUCUUCCAGGGCCUCUCGCUCUCGCUCUCCUCCCAGCAGCCGCCGCCGCUCAACGCUUUCGACGUGAUCCAGCAGUCGGGGCUGGAUCACGGCCAGGAUCACCAGGCAGACAGCAAGCGAUCCAAGCUGGCGGCGGACUUGAGCCACUUCCGGCGGGAUUUUAUUGGCGGCGCCGCCGCUCCCAAGGUCCCGGACGCCGCCAGCGCCACUCCGGCCAUGUCCGCCAGCUUUAACAUCAUCUCCAGCAGCCGCUACCUCAAGGCUUGCCAGCAGCUCUUAGAGGAAGUUUGCAGCGUUGGAAGAGGUGGCAAGCAAAAGAGCAAACCAUCCAACUCUCAGGGAUGGACAGCGGCGGGGGGCGGCGGAGGAGGAGCGGCGAGCCCUCUCACAAGCCCGACUUCUGCUACUACUCCUAGUGCUCCGGCGAACAACAAUCCAGCACCGACGACGAGCAAAGAUCAAAGCGCUCCAGCUCCGGCUGCGGGGUCAUCUCAAGAACUUUCGAACGAGAAGGAUGCUUGCGUGAGCGCUGGAAACAAUACCGCCGUAAGCUCCACUUCGCCGGGUGGCGGAGGAGCUAAAACCGCGCCUGGAACUGGAGGAGCUGGGGGUGCUACCACGAGUGGGACUGGAACAGCGUCUGCGGCAGCGGCCCCAAGCUCGAUCGAAGGUGGAGUGGAGUCGACGAGCGCGCUGAGCGCCGAGGAGAAGCAGGAACUUGAGACGAAGAAAUCCAAGCUCAUCGCCAUGCUCCAAGAGGUGGAUCGGAGAUACCGGCAGUACUACGAUCAAAUGCAAGUGGUGAUCAGCUCGUUUGAUGCGGUGGCCGGCGUUGGAGCGGCCACUCCCUACACGGCUCUCGCGUUGCAAGCCAUGUCUCGCUACUUUCGGUGCCUGAAGGACGCCAUCACGGGGCAAAUCUCGCUGGUUUGCAAGUCCCUGGGCGAGGAGGACAUCUCCAAGCAGAUCACCACCAAGAGCCCCACUUCCCGGCUCCGCUUCAUCGACCAGCAGAUCCGGCAGCAGCGAGCGUUCCAGCAGCUCGGGAUGCUCAACCAGCACGCCUGGAGGCCGCAGCGAGGACUCCCCGAGCGAUCGGUUUCGAUCUUGCGAGCUUGGCUCUUUGAGCACUUCCUCCAUCCGUAUCCCAAAGACGCGGACAAGAUGAUGCUAGCGAGGCAGACUGGUCUUACAAGAAGUCAGGUGUCCAACUGGUUCAUCAACGCUCGAGUGAGGCUAUGGAAGCCAAUGGUGGAGGAGAUGUACCAGGAAGAAACGAGAGAUCACGAGCUGGACGCGGCGGUGGCGCGGAUGCAAGCCGCGAGCGAGGAAAACGAGCUCAAGAACAGCAGUGACGCUCUCACCGAUCCCAAGUCGGGGAAGCUCAUGUCCAUGGAUCACUCGGGGCAGCAGGACUUCAUCCACGAGACCAGCCCGGUCGACUACAAUCCGGGGCUCCGGAAGCAGCAGCAGCAAAACAUGGUGGUCGGAUCGUCUCCAGCGGAUUUGUACGAGGAUUCCAGCGUCCAGCACCACCAGCAGCUCAAGAAAUCCAGGUACCACGAUCCAUCCUCGGCGGACUUUGGACACCACCAUAUGGAAGUGGACAUGAAGCCGGAGAGCGAUGAUAGCUUGGGAGUCCACGGCUAUGGAGGUGGCGGCGGCGGAGGAUACCACGACCAGAGCCUCCGCUUCUCCGCCGCCAAUCCAGGCUUUCGAUACAACUUAAAUCCUUCGCCGGGAGGUGGAGUAUCUCUCACUCUGGGACUCCAGCACAGUGACAGCAGCUUGGGAGGAGUGAUCCAUCCUCACGCGGCGGCGGCGGCAGCAGCCUACUUGCAACCGCAGGGAUUCCACGCGCUGGCUCGUGGCGGCGGUGGCGGCGGAGGUGGUGGAGGUGGCGGCGGCGAUGAUUUCUCCAGCUUGUACGACAAUGCGGCGGCGGCGGCGGCGGCGGCGGGGUUGCACGACGGGAUGAACUACGCGAGCAGGAAGCAUAUGGAGAGCCAGCUGCUGCACGAUUUUGUGCCUAGCUAGUGGAUCGAUCGCUCGGCUAUUCUUCUAUAUUUUCCUCUCCAAGAACUUUGGAGAGAUACUCCCGAAGAACACCUCGAAGACGUCUAUAUUCCUCGUGAUCACGGGCAGGAAUUUUAUAUAGCUAGUGCUCACCGAAUUUAUAGUGUUCUUUUCCAGCU